AGGCAGUCAGUCCUGUGUCUUCCCACCCAGUGCAGUCCCUGGAAGAGCAAUGCCUGCUGCUCAGUUGGCACCAGCCAGGAGCUGCACAAGGACACCUCCCUCCUGCAUAAUUUCAACUUGAACCACUGCGGCAAGAUGGAGCCCGCCUGCAAAUGGCACUUCAUCCAGGACACCUGCCUGUAUGAGUGCUCCCCCAACCUGGGGCCCUGGAUCCAGCAGGUGAACCAGAGCUGGCGCAAAGAACGAUUCCUGAAUGUGCCCCUGUGCAAAGAGGACUGUCAGCACUGGUGGGAAGACUGCCGCACCUCCAGCACCUGCAAGAGUAACUGGCACAUGGGCUGGGACUGGACCUCAGGAGUUAACAAGUGUCCAACCAAGGCCACCUGCCACACAUUUGAGUACUUCUUCCCCACACCUGCAGCCCUGUGUGAAGGCCUCUGGAGUCACUCCUACAAGGCCACCAACUACGGCCGAGGGAGUGGCCGCUGCAUCCAGAUGUGGUUCGAUUCUGCCCAUGGCAACCCCAAUGAGGAGGUGGCCAGGUUCUAUGCCUUGGCCAUGAAGGCUGACCAUGCUGUGACCCAUGGGUCUGGUCUUCUCCUGCUCAGCUUGGUCUUCACGUUGCAACUCUGGCUCCUUGGCUGAAUCCAGCCCUUUCCAGCCAGAUGUCCCCUCUGCCUGUCCUCAGCUUUGAUGCCAGGCUGGGCUCA